CCUCCGUUGCAGUCAACCUCUCCAACGCAAAGUAGGGCUACUCAAUCGCCAUAUUGGCUUCAGAGAAGGUCCUGUGAGCAGUUUUUCACUGUUUUGUUUUUUUCAUCGGAUUUAAAGUGACAAGAAGCGGCUGCGAGUUGGUGGAAGCGACGUACAGCAUUUUUAGUUAACGUUUGAAUGGCGUGAACGGCUUUCCCCCCCAUUUUCAUCCUACAUCGCGUUCAUUUUUUUCAUUUUGCCCAGCGAAGAGUUGUUGUUUUUUCACCCCGAAAAAAGUGGACGCUCCCGGCUGUUUUUGUGUGUUUUUUCGGUGGUGGUGGGGGGGUGGGGGAUAAAAUCAAAACGCAAAAAUGUCAGAUGUUCGACUUUCCAGCGGGAGCCCGACGUUGGAGCGGAGCGAGUCGCGUUUGUCAGUGCACCCGAAGCCGUCAGCAUGCCGCAACCUCUUCGGCUCGGUGGACCAUGACGAGCUCCGGCGGGAUUUAAAAGAACACCUGCGGGAGUUGGAGGAGGCCGCCGCGGCUAAGUGGAGCUUCGACUUCGCCUCGGACGACCCGCUGGAAAACGACGGCGGGCUCCGCUGGGAGCUGGUGGACUGUCGCGACGUGCCGGACUUCUAUACUCGCCCGCCGCGGACGGGGCGGGGGGCUACGGGCUAUAACGGUGUGGAUGUAAACGGGAACCACCGCUGUGUUGUCGUGCCGCCAGCGGACGAGCGAACCGGUGGGCCGACGUCAUGCCCGGAGCAGUGCACCCCAGCUAGAAAGCGACCUGCGUGUCCCGAGCCCUCAACGCAGAGUAAGAGGUCGCACAGCAGCCCGAGUGAGUGUCCGAACCGGAGCCGCUCUUCCGAACACACGCCCAGAAAGAGCAGCGGAAGCCCGGGGAGACAAACGUGAGACGGACGAGCUCAAGAUGCACUUCCUCGGCGUGCGCCGGUGGGGAAACCCUCCAGCUUUGGUCGACUUUUCGGUUUUGUUUUUUUCUCAUUAUGGAAGAAGAGGAAAUACACACAUUAUGAGAAACAUAUCAGCGAGGACGCUGUUGAAGCACUGAAUAAGCAAAAAAAACACUAAAAGAAGAAAAAAAAUACAAAUUGUGGCACUCAAAAGCAAAUUAUUUUAUGUAAAGUUACUGCCUCUGAAAAGCAGUCAAUGUAGCAGUGUGCAAUUAGGUUUAAUUUCUGUUUAUUUGCUCCUUUUUGUACUACCUGUGUUUAUAUAAAUUAUAAUUUCUCCAUAUGUAGCACAUAAGACAACUUUGUGAUUUGAAAAACAGAUCCUUUAUACUUAUAUAUAUUAUAUAUAAAAAAAAAAACAAGGUGUGAAUUUUGAUUUGACUUGAAGAAUUGCAGUGUAGUUUGAUUCCAAAAUGCUGUUUUAUUAUUUACUUAAAGGCAGUUUUUGACUUUGACACAAUAAAAACAAAUAGAAGUAUAUAAGUUCAAUAUAUACGUAUAUUUAGCUUCAGUUUCUCAACAGUGUAUCUUCACUUGUUCAUCUUCAAAAAAAAAAUUCAGUGAAGAACGGUACAAAUGUAGCGACUAUUUUAUGUUCCCCUCACAGGAUUGCAAAACUGUCUUAUUGUAUUUUAUUUAAAUGGCCCUUAGACUUGUGAUGGAGGAUUUUUUUCCCCCUUACAGUUUCUCGGAAUUUUGAGUUCCUCGUUUUUUUCCUUGCACACCUCAGCCUUUAUUCGAUAGAGUUGUGGGGUACGUUUUGAAGAAAAAACGGUGCGAAAAUUCGCUGGCCGCGUGGUUUAGUCCUCCAGUUUGUCAAGUCGCCUGCCUUAACUCUGCAUUUGAAUGUUCUUACAAGACCAAACUGAUGGCCACAAAGUGCUUCUUUUGACUUCACAUAGUUUGACUUUGUGAUAACCUUGAACUAAAUCAGCAUUUAUAUAUAUGUGUUUAGCCUGCUGAGGAUGCUCAUUGUGGUAUCUAAAAGCGUUUAUUUUUUUUUCUUCUCCUUUAUUUUGUUUUAUUUUUUUUCUGUGGCGUGGCCUAAUGUUCCGAUCCUUUAGUCCAACUGGACCAGAUAGAGGAACACCAGGUCGUCUCAGAAAUGCAGUCACGUUGCCUGUGUAAUUUGGUGUAAAUAUAUGCUUUGUACAUUGUUUUGUAAAAAAACAAAAACAAAAAAACUGAGAAAUUAUACUAACUUAUUUAUGUCAAGCUUUUUUUUUCAAAUUAGAACAUAAAAAGGUUGUUUUUUAAAUUCACGGUUAUCCAAAGUGGCAUUUACUUUAUUAUAAUUUUUUUUAAGCAUAUUUGUGGUAGUUUUUUUUUUUUUCUUAUCAACAAGGUUGCAAACUGAGCCCAUUAAAAUAUUUGAUGUGCAUUGUUUUUUGUAUUGUGUUGCAAUCCAUUAAAAAAGUUGAAAUUGAAAUUUAA